ACGAUGGGUCCGACAAAAAUCACCCCCGAAGAUCAAGCUUUCAAUAUUAACUUUGUAGGAGAGGUGAAAAAACAUCCGUGUUUAUUCGACAGUUCGAACCCGGAUUACAAGCAGCAAUCGCUGCAGGACAGAGCCUGGCAAGAAGUAUCAAACAGCGUCAGAGAAAGUACAGACACCUGCAAAAAGCGGUGGCGUAAUUUAAGAUGUUGUAUGACCCGCUACCAGAAAUCGCUCCGUGACAGCAGUGAUCAGGCAGCGAAUGCAAGGCGGAAACCAUACUAUCUGUACAAUCACAUGCAGUUCGUGCUGCCACAUUUGAAGGCACGAGAGGAAAGCAGCGCCUACGAACCGGAAGAAACGUUGUGGGCAAAAGCAGAGAGUGAAUCUAUGAGCAAGCACGAGGAAGCGGAGGAGGAGGAGGAGGACGACGACGACGACGAUGACAUGGAAACGAACGAAUUUGAAGCAAUCGACGUACCGGAAGAGGAUCACAACCAGCAAAUUAAGGAGAGUAUUCUGGAUUCCAUAAAGAUCGUACCGAUAGGCCAAGAGCAACAGACGGUUGCAGACCACCAUCAUCACCACCAGCAACACGAGCAAGACAUACUUGAGCACAACGAAACAAAUCCCACCAACACAACAGCGUUCGAAAUUAUUGCUACACCUCCGCUCAAACAAGCCCGUCUGUCUAACACACAAACCAGCGUGGGUUCGGUCAGCCCGGCCGGGGGAAGUCCGCUACAAACUUCGGGAACGGAAUCGAAGCGAGAUUUGAUCGCCCAGCGUCAAUUCUUUACGAUCCAAACGGCAAACAUCCCCAUGUCAUGCUACUCUACCACACCGCUUACGUCCCAGACUCUGCCUCACCAUCAACAGCCGCAACAGCAUCAGCAGCAAACGAUUUCCCAACAACAGCUACAGACGCAAGUACCGCCGCAAUUUACCAUCAUUCCGAACACACCAUCAGCUGUAGCGAGCGAUGCUGAUCACAACUUUUUCCAGAGUAUCGUUCCCGAUAUACAGACGAUGACGAUGGAACAGAAGCGAAAGUUAAAAAUUGGCAUCCUACAGCUCAUAGAUGAUAUUCUCAAAACGUAA